UGUUCAUGAGAGAAGGGUAUAUGAUAUGUUCGCGAUAAAGCUAAAGAAAUAGCGACUUUUCAUCUUUUAAAUCCCGAGAGAGUAAGGCUAUUCAGAACUGUCGAAAUACGAGCACUCGUUAAGACCGCAUGGCGUGAAAAUACGUUGUUGGUUUGCAAACGGUAUGGUGCUAAAGCUGUGCCCGGUAAGGGCUUGAAUUUUUCUGUGACCAGUUCAUUUGGUUUUUCAAAAGCCUUUUAAUAUUACCGAUCGCUGUGAAUCGGAUAAGGAGAAUUUUGUUUUGAGGGAUUAAGAGGCAUUAAGUACUGCUGUCCAGUUCAAGGGACACAACUUUUGUUAAAAAUUAUUGAAAUUGACCAAGAAGCAACCGUUAAACAUAGGGAUUGCAUGUGCCGUCAUCACCUUGGCAGAACAGUAGACAGAUAGCCAUAUUGGAGUCCUGUUAACAUGGGCUGCUACAGCUAUAGUACUAUAUGGAUACCAGAAAUAGAAAAAAAAAACUACCCCCUCGUUUAAUUCUGAUGCAUGCGCCUUAGAUUUGUCCUGAAUACACAUAAAGCUGGGCACUUCUGUAGCUAAAAUAUUUACACCUAUUUUCCCAUAAUCGCUGCUUGCCUGGACAUCACCAUUCUCCUGUAAAUCUUAACCGAAGUCGAAAAUAAGCUCAUAUUUAGCAGGUCACUGUGCUGUUAUGUUUUCAAAAUCUGGGUCAGCGAGGCGCACAGGGGUAGCAGUGGUUGAUCUUUCCAUGAAAUUUAGAAUGGAACGGAUGCCGAAGAUAUUAAUUUGACAGUUCACACAAAUUCUGGGGUCCGUCAUUGUGCUCCAUAACCUUCAGUCAGCUGCAAAUUCUCGCCUCCGCAGUAUCAUGGAUUUCUGUUUGUCAAAACUGACAGCCAGCUGAUCAAAACAUAGUGACGUGAAAGGUCAACCACACAUGCGUGAGGAGCAACGACCCAAUUUAUUAGGUCACGAUUUCGACAUGGCAUGUGAGUGUAAGCCACAACUGUAAAUUAUCAUUCUGGUCGUAAAGGCUACAAAAUGUGGAAAAAAUUGACAGAGGAACAAAAUGUGUUGGUAGCACCUUAGACACUUAAAGUGUUUCCUACAAAAGUACAGACCUACACGAACAAUUUGGGCGUUUUCAGCUUCAUUCCCUACUAGCCUAACAAUGACACAUGACUUUUAUACUUACAUGGCCCAGUUUAAAAUAUGCAAAUCUAAAUUUGUGAAUUUUAUCUGUUGAUGAUGUGUUGUAGCAGUUUUAGGCUUCAAAGUGAGCAGUGUUGAGGUGGCAGAAGUGCAGCGUCAGUGGGAACUCUCCACACGCGGGAGGUUACAUUGUUUGCACUCACCACAGCUUCACCACAGUUACAGAUAGGUUUUGUGUUAACAUGGGGUGAUGGUCUUCAAGACUGAUGGAUCGAGUCAAACUUAAGACCUUAAGAGAGGAAGUUGUAACUGAAGGGGAUAGUGCAAUGACCGGUUGACCCGUAUCAGUAUAAUGGCUCGGGCGGGGCGGCUUACUUGCCUUCGGUAAGGCGUCUCAGUGAAGCAGCACUAGAUAAAAGAGCGGUGGAAAUCCGUCCUGCGACAAGGAGGCACUGUAAGGAUUCCUUCGUCGUACUGUGGCUGGAAAAUGAUUGCUGAAAAGAAUGCCACCCGUAAAGUCUACAAAAGAAAGAGGUGACUAUUUUGAGAAAGCAGGGAAGAGAAAAUCCGACCUGAACCAAAAAGAUCAGGUGUCACAAUCUGCUGUAGCGAAAAAGAAAAGAAGGAAAGACACCGACCUGGCGUAUGAUGAUCAAGAGACAGUAUUUUCAGGAAGAAAAAAAUUUUCAUCAAAUGAGAUUUUGGAAUUCAAUAUUGAAAAGGAGCCCCCAUCACAUAGAGAAGUUGAAGUUAUAAAAUCAAAGACAGAAGUCAGUCCCGACAUUCAUGAGAACCAGAUAAGCUCAUUAAAUAGUUCCUGUAGAAGAGUGACCAGGAGCAGAGCCAGACAGUUGAAACGGACAAACAGUGGUGCGGUGAACGUGAGAGGUACAAGCACUGAAGGCACUUCUGAAACUGUGGUAAGGAAAGCAAAACCAGCACGAAAGGAUAUUUCUCAACAUACAGUGAAGACAUCCAAGGGAAAAGGGUCAAGAACAAAAAAAGUUCCGAAGGAUAAAAGCAAACGAACCAGUAAUAAAAUCAAGGAAAGGGAAAGGAACCCAUCAGACCAGGAAAACACAAAGCCUGUUUGUGCUACUGUGAAAAAGGAGGGUGGAAAUAGUUCUGAUCAGACAUCAUUAAGACAGGCAGUGGAGGGAAAGGGGUCAGGUACAAAAAACAUUGAAACAGCUAGGGCUAAUCGCAAACUAUCGAGUAAGAACAGCAAGAAAAGGGAAAGGAACCCAUCAGACCAGGAAAACACAAAGUCUGUUUGUGCUACUGUGAAAAAGGAGGGUGGAAAUAGUUCUGAUCAGACAUCAUUAAGACAGGCAGUGGAGGGAAAGGGGUCAGGUACAAAAAACAUUGAAACAGCUAGGGCUAAUCGCAAACUAUCAAGUAAGAACGGCAAGAAAAGGGAAAGGAACCCAUCAGACCAGGAAAACACAAAGCCUGUUGGUGCCAAAGUGAAAAAGGAAGGUAGAAAUAGUUGUGAUCAAACAUCAUUAAGACAGGCAGUGGCGGGAAAAGGGUCCGGAAAAGAAAGCAUUGAAAAGGUUACUCGUAAUACAUGUAGCAAACUGUUCAAUAAUAAAAUCAAGGAAAGAGAAAGGAACCUAUCAGAUCAGGAGAAAACAAAGCCUGUUUGUGCUACAGUGAAAAGGGAGGGAGUAGUUGGGUCUGAUCAGACAUCCUUUAGUUCCAAGCAAACAGAACGCGAGAAGAAAUCACAAAGGCGAAAAGGGGUCAAGAAUUUUGCUUUCAAAGAAGACAGAAAUAGCACAGUGAUGAAGAAGUUUGUUGGAGCUCAUUUAUCUAUAAGUGGUGGACUGGAAAAUGUAAUUAAAGAAGCAAGGGAAGUAGGGGCAGAAGCUGUGGGUUUAUUUUUAAAGUCACAAAGAACCUGGAAGAGUAAACCAUUGGAAGAGAAAGCGGUAGAAAACUUCAAGAAAGCCUGUCAAGAUCUUAAAUUUCCAACAAACAUGAUCUUACCCCAUGGUUCAUAUCUGUUAAACUGUGGAUCACACAAGGCUGAUCUGCUGGCCAAGAGCAGGGAGAGUUUGAUUGAUGAUGUCCACAGGUGUGACCGACUUGGCAUACAGCUCUUCAACUUUCAUCCAGGCUCAACUUGUGGGGAGAUAACUGUUGACGAAUGCGUGAGUAGAAUUGCAGAGAGCAUCAACAUCGCCCAUAACCAGACUCAACAAGUCACUGUCCUGAUUGAGAACAUGAGUUGUCAAGGCCACACCAUUGGGGGCAAGUUCGAGGAGUUGAGAGACAUCAUAGCCCAGGUGAAGGAUAAAGACCGUGUGGGAGUCUGUCUGGACACAUGCCAUGCCUUCGCUGCAGGAUUUAACAUAAAAACAAAAGCUGGCUAUGAACAGAUGAUGACAGAGUUUGAAAAUAUUAUAGGACUUGAGUAUCUCAAGGCCGUUCAUCUCAAUGACUCAAAAGGGGAUGUUGGCUGCCACAAGGACAGACAUGAAAACAUUGGCAAAGGCAAGAUCGGUCUGGAGGGCUUCCGCCGUGUGAUGAAGGACAAACGCCUGAACAACAUCCCCAUGAUUCUAGAAACACCGCUAACCAUAGAUGACAGUGAGGAAAUACAACUGCUCUACUCUCUGUGAACAAAACUGCGAUAUUUUCUUGUUAAAAGUGCUACUGAAUUGUGGAGAGUAUUGUGAUGUUCAUUGCAAACAAAAAUUGGCUUGCUGUAAUUGGGGUAUCUGCUGUGAUAAGAACAUUGUUUUAUAUUUUUAAUCUGUGAACAACUCUGAUAUUUUCUAUGAACAAAUCUGUUUUGUCUUUUGUGUACGGAACAAAACACAUCAUGUCAGCUGUAUUUGUCCAACUAUGGUCGCUAUUUCAAAGAGGUUGUCAUUAAAAGUUUAAGAUGCUAGGUCUGAAUGCAAAAAACCAAAAAAAAACCAAAAACCAAAAAUGAGAAUAGGACAGAUUAACUAUAGAUGUUUGAUUUGAAAGAGGACAUUUACCAGAUUAAAUGUUACUAGACCUGUUGUGAAGCCAGUAUUUUCUUGAAAAUAUCAGAGAAAAAAUAACAGAUAUUUGGUUUGAACAUUCUGAUAAUGUCAAAGCUGGUAUUAUAGGUAUUCAAACACUGAGGAAGCUGAUAGAAAUGUCUUCAUGUUAUCAACUUUUCAGUUUGAAUGUAGUACAAAUGCUGUCAAGACCGUCAAAUAAAAGAAGUCAUUCAGAAGAAGUGCUGUAUGUAGGAGACUUUGUAGGACAUUACUACCAUUGUAUUUUAUUUUUUGAUAUAUGUCCAAGAAAUGCGUUUGAUCAUUCUGCAGUAUCAAAACAAUCACAUUUGCAAUGUUUUAAAUGUUCAAUAGUUCCAAUAGCUCCUUUCAUAUGUCAGUAAAUCAUUUAAUAUUUUCAUUAAAUGAAGAUAAAAAAUUCUUAUUUAUCUGUUCAAUACAUUGUUGUGAUAGGUCUCUCUAAGAAUCACAUGUGACUUCCGAAAGUUACCAUUAAAAUUAUAGUUACAGUUUCCCGUUCCUCCACAAUUAUUUAUUUAUUUGAGUGGUGUUGUACCCCAUAAUCUAGAAUAUUUCACAUACGAUAGUGACCAGCAGUAUGGUGGGAGGAAAGUGAGCGGAGCCAAGGGAAAACCCACGACCAUCUGCAGGUUGCUGCCAGACCUUCCCAUGUACGGCUGGAGAGGAAGCUCUGGUCUGGACAUGAACCGACGGCGAUUACAUUGGUGGGAGGCUCCUGGUUCAUUGCGACGUGCUGGUGUGCUAACCCCCUCAGGAGGCCCUCUACAGAAUAAUGGCAGAAAACUACACUCAAGUCAACUAGAUCGUGUUUUGCUAAUUUACUUAUGUUGCACCAGUGUUUGUCAUUUGCCUGUAGCAUACAUGGAAUCUACUUGUAGUUGACACCCGUGUAAAUUUUUUUUAGUACUGAAAAAGUGAUUUACUGUAGGAUACUCCAGAAACGGACUGCUUUAAGUUUCACGUUACUAUAUUGUUCCAGGUUACAAACAGACCUAUACAAUGAUCAGUGUCGUCCACCCAGUUGUCUGUCUCGAGUAAAACUUCAAAUCAAGUGUAGACUGCUGCAGUUUCUUGGAAUAACAACUCCACAUACAUGCACAUUCUACAUCUAGUGUCGCAAUCCCACAAUAAAGUUCUAUCUGAGACUUGGUAUUUAUGGUGUUGCCUCAGUUGAUGCUCAGUAACAUGAGUAGGACAUGUUCUUGUCAACCCCAUGUAAUGUGACUGCAUAAGGUGUUGUAUGGUGUCUUCAGCAUUGGGUCAACCCUGCUGCAUGGAGAUAGUGGUGAUAUGACCCAAAAUGUUUUGAAGGACACAAGGGUCUCCUGAUGUGAGAUACUGUGCAUGCAAAUUUGUUAUAUCUUUGUUUAUACUAAACACAGCCCAACAAUAAAAGGCAUUGUUAUAAAACAUUGAAUAUAUAUAAUGUACAUGUAUAUAAAACUUCAGUACUUCAAAUUAUGUUCUAAGACAAUGGCAUGCACUAUAACAUUCAUAGCUCUUAGGUUAUACAUGUAUAUGAGAAAUACUAUCAGGUGAAACACUCCUUGUGUAGUACUGUAGGGCACCUCACUUAUGCUUUUGAAAAUACCAUAUUUAAUAUUACUGAAGAAAUGUAAGAGACAUGAAUUGUAAACUUUGCAUGAUUGAUUUGACAUUUAUUGUCAGAAAUUUCCAAAAAUGUGGGUUAUGCACCAUAAAGGGAUAUCCAAGGCUUGUUUUUUUUGUCAUAGUCUGCAUCAUUAAGAUUCAAAGUUAGAAAGCUCUGCACAUUCUUGUUCACACCAUUGUCUUACAAAAUAAUGCCAUAUAAUUAGAAAUGAUUUAAUUAGUGUGUAGUCUUGAUAUGAUCUGUAUACUCUGUGUUCUGGGAAUUAUUUUGAUGGGUUAGUUCAGAUUAUGGACAAAGUCAUCAGACUUGAUAAUGAAAAUAAACAAAAUUCUCAUCAGGGAAGCAGUUCCACAAAAUAAGUGUGGAUAUGAAAAACCUGGGGCCAGUCGUUCAAAAGUGUAUUAAAGUUAAUCCAGGCUUAAAUCUUAAUAUCAGUCUCAUCCUAACACAAACUAAAUUGCACUUCAGUCUAGACUAACAUUAAUACAAGGCCUAAGUAACUCCUAAUACACUUUUGAAAAAGGGGACCAAGAAGGUCACAUAAGGGGGUGUAACUCUGUAAUUUUAAAGAUAGUUGACUUAAGCCCCAGAUAUGAUCCUGUAACCCCAGACCACAUGAGUAUUGUAAAGGUUAUAAAUGUACAAUCAUUCUGAAGUGGCAUGUCCAGGGCUAAAAUAAGAUAAAAUUACUGGUGGUAGAACAAAAAGAAAACAAAUUUUAAGGGAAGCAAUGGUUACAGUUAUACAUGUAGUGGUAACUCCAACAUGUUUGUAGUCAGAAGGAUUUCACCAUACCAACACAUGAAAAGGCAUGUUGCACAUUAAGUUUACAUAUGUUUUAUAAUAUUUAGCUUGGUGAUACAAGUACUGUUCUACACAGGGUCAGUGUGAAAAUAGUCAUGUACUCAGCACAUUUCCAGAUAAACAAUGUCACUUGGUUUCGUUAUCUAAAGUUUGAUUAUCAUCUCUGUUGCUUUAUGGAAAGAAGCAAUUUUAUGUCCAGUACACAUAUUAGCAGGGUAAACAUACAGGUGGACAAAUGAACACUUGACUGGUUCUUGAAGCUGAUCA